GAGCUGUUUGACUGACACGGAUUACUACACAGAUUUAUAAAGAGAUUCCAAGAUGGAGAGUGAAACCCAGAUUUGGGGGAUGGUACCAACCGUGUUGAAGAUGAGCAAAGACCCUACUAACUUCUAUGUAGGGCGAGCACUGUGGUUCAGUAUUACUUUUAUUUACUUCUCAGUUGUGUAUGUAGUGCAGACCACCUGGGGUAAUCUGGCUGGAGACUUCCACUGUCAUGGGCCCAUCUCUCAAGCCUGUACAGCAGAGUGUUAUGAGAGUCACUUCUGUAGACCUAUCGUAGGAGUUUGGUAUGUCAUCGGCUUUAUAUUUUCCUCCAUCUUUUUCGUUACUGAGUUUUUUGUCUCUCGGACGGUGCAUAAGAAAAUCAACCAGUGUUGGAAACGACCUGUUGAAGAGCUCAAAGAAAGCACUGAAGAGCCAACACAGAUAAAAGAAGAUGAAAUUUUUGACUUAUCCCAGGAAAAGUCCCUGUUGGCAAUGUAUCUCAUCUACUUUCUCUUACAGUUGUCUGUACAGGUGACCUUCUUGGUCAUUCUUAUUCACUAUCAGUUGCCACUGGUUAAAAAACCCAUCCGGUGCAGUACCCCUAUGUGUUAUGGACCUUAUCCGUGUGUGGUGAUGGGGACACAGGAAAAGAUGAUGUCCAUCAUACUUCUGGCAACACUCUCAGUGGUUAUCAUGACUUUCUGUAUUAUGUUCUUCCUCUACACCAUUAAUGUGUACCUGGUUACAGUACGUAAGUCAGUUGAUAGUAGCACUGGCAGUCAUUACUAAUUCUAAAUAAGAAAUGCCCUGCAGAAGGAGACAACAGUGCUCUUACCUUGAAGCAAUAUAUGUUAUAACCUUAUUUCCUAUUAGAACAUUCUCAUAUUUGAAAAAUAAAACUUGGAAGGAAGUGUGUGCCAAAAUUUGAAA